AUGGCUUUACAGAUGAUACGCUCAAAUGGCGCCUUUGUGGCUCUUGUCUUCUGCUUCUUCAACCGCGAGGUUCAAGGUCAGCUCAAAUCGUGCUUCCUGCGGCUGGCACGGAGCGGGGGGUACACAGGCGGCGAUUUCACGCGCGCCUCCGGCUACUCCACCACCACCCAAUACGCCACGGAGCUCAGCCGCACGCGCUCCGUCCACCACGCCGGGAACGGCGGCGGCGGGGACAACGCGCACAUCCCGCUGCGCCCCAUCUACUGCCCCAAAAACAAUGGUAGUGACGUCAGAGCGAAAGACGACAACAGUGACGCUGACCUCGCCAACAACGGGGCUCUGCAUACAAUCAUGGAGAAGUCGGAGGAGUUCUCGCCCCUGAACCCUGGCCCUGAGAGAGACAGUCGGAUCUGAGCGACGAGAUCCUGCCAUCCGCUAAGAAUACGUUUUUGUUAGGGUUUUUUAGUUGGGUAUUGUUUCUUCUAGAAGAUCCAGCUUGCUGGUCAUAAGACCCAUUCCAGUCAGUGGAAUCGUGUUCCGCCUUGAUGCGGAGUCAUUUUAAUAUCCUGGAAAGGAGAGGAAUGUCUUACAACAGUCUGUAUAGAUUCUAUAGACAGCCAUGACCAGAGCGAGAAGCGUCUAAUUCCAGUCUCGCCUUUUGCUGAUCUUCGGAAAGCUAGAGUCUGGUUGUCUUAGAGACGUAUUCUUUAAUGGACAAACGUUAAGUGUCAUGAUACGAGUAAUGGUAUACUCAAUCAACAAGGGCACGGCGUUGUAAGGAGUUCAAAACUGUACAGAACUAUUAGCUCACUUGUGAGUUAUUUUUACCAUCCUAGAACAAUAGAGUCCGAAAGUAACUCGUGUGGUUUGACAACGGUUAUCAAGCGAGCCUGGUUAUUUUCUCUUAAAUUAACAAAGAAAAUUAUAUGUGCCAGCUUCUCUUUAGUAAGGAGAAAGAAUAAUGCCCAGAGCUUUAUAGCUCUCGUAACCUUCAAGUCCUGGGCUCGCCUCUAAGUGUUCGUAGACACUGAAGGGCAUGGGUUUAACAAAUAUAUUUGUCUUGUAAUAAAUGUUGAACUUCUAGUGCUGGGUAUUAAAAUGUUGACAUAUCGGGAGGUGAAAGUUUUAUUCUGAAAUUUCUUUUAAAGGAAAAAUGUGCACCAUCUUUAUGCUUUCCUAUCCUUUUUCUGGAGUGGGGAGAGUCUGAAUAAACAAUUCGCUACCCUAGAAUUACAAAGUUCUCUAUCUGCUCAGUACCUAGUUUUGAUAAAUUUGACUUGAAAAU